CUGGUCCUAUUUCUCACUGCCUCCUGCUCCAUCUCUGCAGUCACUGUGUGUGAGUGGAGGGGGAGAGCAGAUAGUGAGCUGGUGUCUUUGCAAGCAUUUACAUCAGCAUCGUUUCAGAAAAAUCUCUGCUGCCACAGCUGUAGUCAUCCAGAGAGGAGGGUGCACAAGGCAGAUGAAGGGGACGAGAGGAGAAACAGGCUCUCACAGUGGCAAGUACCUCAGCAGCAUUCACAAGGUACAGUGAUUGAUGUCCACUGUGUACCUCAGCAGUGGGAGCUAAACCAGGUUUUCAUCCUCAGAGACCAAAGCAGCAGACAGCUGUAUCAGGAAAUACUCUGAUUCAGGGUGGGUUGUAAUUGAUCACAGACAUGAUGAUUUUCUAAAUGGAUAUGAAUCACAAAUUCUCAACCUCCUGACAAUCACAGCAUCAUCCUCUGGACUACAAGGCAGCUUUUGACCUCAUUUUCAAGCCACUGUUUUCUGGCCGUACUUCCUGGCUUUGAAGGAUGGGUGAUGGGCCUGUGACUGAUCCUGCCUGCCUGCCUUAUCCCACCCUUCAAUGGAGCCGAUGUGGAACUCCUCCCACCCACCUCCACAGCUCAUGUCCAACAUGUCUGCCUCCUCUCUGCCCGAGGGCUGGGCUCUGUCCCAGUCGCUAGCCCUGCUGGCCAUGCUGCUCAUGGAUCUGCUGGCUGUGGUGGGUAAUGUGGCUGUCAUGGCAGUCAUUGCCAAGGCCCCGCAGCUCCACAAGUUUGCCUUUGUCUUCCACCUGUGCGUGGUGGACCUGCUGGCAGCCCUGGUGCUGAUGCCCCUUGGCAUGCUCUCGAGCCGAGCGUUCUUUGGGGAGGCCCUGUGCCGGAGCUACCUCUUUCUCAGUGUGUGCCUGGUCAGCGCUGCCAUCCUGUCCAUCUCCGUCAUCAAUGUGGAGCGUUAUUACUACAUCAUACACCCCAUGCGCUAUGAAGUGAAGAUGACUGUUGGCCUGGUGGCAUCAGUGCUGGUGGGGAUAUGGGUCAAAGCCCUGGCCAUGUCUGCUCUGCCACUGCUUGCUUGGUUCCUGCAAGGAGGAAGAACUCCCCUACUGGAGAGUAGCGGGGUUGGAGGAGGAGGGGGUGGGGCUGUCCCAUCUCCCCCCACUCAGGGUCACCGGCGCUGCUCACUGCAUUGGACAGGGGGAGGGUCGAACCGCUUGGCUUUCAUGGUCCUCUUUACUCUGGUGUAUUUCCUGUGUCCACUGCUGGUCAUUCUCGUUGUGUACUGCAAUGUGUUCAAAGUGGCUCGGGUGGCGGCCAUGCACCACGGGCCCCUGCCCACCUGGAUGGACACGCCUCGUCGCCAGCGGUCAGAAUCACUGAGCAGCCGUUCCACCAUGGUCACCAGCUCUGGGACGGGGACAGGGACAGGAAGAGCAACUCCACAGCGACCCUUUGGGGGAGGAAAGGCUGCGGCAGUGUUGGCAGCGGUAGGCGGGCAGUUCCUCUGCUGCUGGCUGCCCUACUUUACUUUCCACCUGUAUUCAGCACUGGCUGCCAGCCCUCCAGCCUCACUGGCCUCUCUUGAGGAGGUGGUCACCUGGAUCGGCUACUUCUGCUUCACCUCCAAUCCCUUCUUCUACGGCUGUCUCAACAGGCAGAUCCGGGAGGAGCUGGGCAAGCACCUGCCUUGUCUGUUUCGUCGAGCUGGGGUCGAGGUGGAGGACAGACUGCCCAGCCGUGAAGGAUCCAUAGAGGAGAAUUUCCUACAGUUUCUUCAGGGCACUGGCUGCAACCUGGAUCCUCAAAACUCUCACAGCACAUCCAGUCCUAAGGGGGAGGCCUGCUGCCCCAUGGCUCAGUCCCAACCACCUGAGCCAACACAGCCCAUACCCAUUGAUUUCCGUAUCCCUGGACAAAUUGCAGAGGAGACUUCAGAGUUUAUUGAGACUGAACAGGUGAAAAACAACCACAUAUAUACAGACAAUUAAAUUUUUAACAAAGUCUUUAUUUCCUGAAAAUGAGUCUAAUUUUGGUGAUCCAGAUAUAAAGUGUUUCAGGAAAACAUGUCUCUGUAUUUCUACUGAAAGCUAUCCAUUGAAAUGACUUUAAUUGUAUCUUUGAAUCAUUGCACUUUGCCUCAUCAGAUUUCAUCCUAGUUUUUGAAAACAGUCACAGUGAUACAGUUAAAUGCAUUUGUUUGAGAUGCAUUUCAAUGCAUAGCAAAAAAGGCUGUAUUUUGGCCUUCCACACAACCGCUCAGCUCUGUACAGUAAAUGACUCAGUGAAUUGAUAUUGAUGUAACUUUUUAAAAUAAAAAAUAACAUUAAAUAUAUGUUUGAUCCUACGAUCGCAACUGAAUACUGUUUUCAGAGUUUCCCUUUUGAUCUCAAAUGAUCGAAUACUUGAUAAAAUACACUGGUUCCCUCUCAAUUGGUUACAAUAGUAAUAAUGUGCAAUGAUGUUCUGCUACAGGACAAACUGCCUUUGGUGUUCAGAGAUAAAGAUGAAACAGUUCCACAUGCCAACAGAUACUGUAUUUGUUACUGCUGAAUCAAUCAUUUUGAGACUCUGGCAAGGUGUAUUAGUUUUUUAAAAGAGUUUUGUGAAGUACUGCAAGAAAAGUAACAUCAAAGAAGACAGCAAUAAAAUACACACAAUUAUGAGUAUUUUGGGGAUCCAUUGACGGAAAAGCACUACUGUCACUUUUGAUUGGUAGGCGGGCUUUCAUCAUGAUGAUAACGCCACUCUAACCCUUAAGCCAAUCUGAUCGUAUUAGAUUAGGAGGUGUACAUGUUGUGGCCUAACUCCUAAUUGCUACGAGUUGUUUACAGAUAAAACUUCAGAUUUUUUUUUUCUUUCCUUUCUUUGGUGCUUGUCCAAGCCUUGUUGUUUGAGUUCCCAAAAAAGCAAGCCAGACCUGUUGUGACUCAGUUUAGGAUGUAGGUUGACUUUAUAACUCAUCUUAAGGGUCGCCCAGCUUUCUGCCAUGUGAUGUAUUUAUCAGUAUAUUUGGAUAUAGAUCUUAAAACUCAGUAUUCUAUCAAUGCACUGCAUUACAUUCAAAUAUGAUCCUAAUUCUUGCAUUUGUUAAAUGUACUAAACUGUAUGUUAUGUUUAGUAAAACUGUAUAAGUUUGGGUCGUGUACGCCACUCAACACACCCAUUUUUCUUUUUAUUAGUGAGUGUUAAGUAUUUGUUAUGAAUUUCAUUACGAGGAGGCUGAUGUAUUUUGACACGUAUGCAGUAACUGCCUUCUUUGUGUGUUUUUCAGCUGUGGAAAUUUUUAUCCUGGAAGGAGAAUACAUGUCGAUUUUUUUGACUGCCCUGCUCAUCAGGGUUUUUACAGUACCUCAGAUGCAGGAAAAGAAAAAAAACAAACAUUAUUUAACAGCCCUGGGCAGUUCCAAGUCGAGUGUGAGUCCUGCACACUCUAUUCUAAUGUUGUAAGGAAACUAAAGAGGAUGUGAUUGCUUGUUGAGGUUUUAUUAGACAUGAGGGUGCAGCCUUUGCUAAGUUUUUCAACUUGAGUUUGAUGAUGAGAUGAAGUAGUAUUUUAUAGCAAAUUGUUAGGGAUUAGUAUGACAAAUCGUAUGUGGAAAUGUGUGACUGAAAUAACAGAUCCUUUCUUAAUGUGGAUACAGGGUUUUUAAGAUAUUUUAUUUCUGAAGUUGUUUUUUGAGUGACAAAGCCAAUCCAAAAUCUAAAGCUUGCUGAGCUUGAUCUUUUCAUCAUGUCUAAAUAUCCCAAACUGUGAAUGACAUUGAAUGUUUGUGUUAGGAUUUUCACUUGUUCAGAUUGUUUUUUUAAAUGCUGUGAUUAAAAUAAAAAGAAUGACUUCCACUGUACUGCAAUGAAAUGAAUGUGUUUAGAGAAAAAAAACAUGGCUAAAACUUGAGUGAGAGAUGCUGUUAUAAUAAAGAGUUUCUAUGUUUGUAAAACAUUUUUGAUGCAUUCUCCUAAUUUUACCAACAGUGUGUGGCUGCUGUCACAGAUGUAAUUGCUGUCUGCUCUGUUGCUGUGUGUUUGCACUCUGGCUUUCAGUGUAUGUGGCUCUGCUUUGAUAUUACAGUGCAAAGAGAGAAAGUGGGAGGAUACAGUUCAAACACUUUGACCUUAAGGUAACAUUUAAACCUCAAAGCCCAGAGCCAGUGGUGUGACCUUUAUCAGAAAGAUAUAACUGUCAAGAUAGAUAGAUAGAUAGAUAGAUAGAUAGAUAAAUGUAAUCCUGCUACACUCUUUCGGUUGGAAGAUGUUGGUGCGCGACAGGCCUCACACCUCAACGAUGGACCUCAGUCAAACCGCCCCCAGCUUCUCCAGGCGCUGCCAUCCCCAUGGCAAUUAUUACCUAGUGACAUUUCUCAGAGCUGUAGUGGGUGGUAGGAGGAGCUUGCUCUAUUGGGAAUCCAACAAGACACCCUUAUCCUGUGACUUCUUAAAAUAUAUUUUCUAGACCAAACCAGAGCUGACAUUUGUUUAUGGAUAUAUUAUCACAAUCAGGUGUGAGUGUGAGUGUGAGUGUUUCAUACUGUUAACUGAAAUAACCCGUCCUAUCACGCUACUUGCAAUUAUCUUUGAUCAAUCCCAUGUAAUCUUGGACUGCUUUACCUCUUUACCUACAAAUGUAAACCUAAAUAUUAUACUCAGUCAGACUGCAUCUUAUCAUGAUCUAAAAUCAAAAUGACUUGUGAUUUCACAUACUGUGUGAAACGUUUCUACACAUACAUUUAAUUUGUAUGAAUAACCAAGACUUUUAUCUUGCAUUUACAUUACAACUAUGUUUUUUCUUGUAAAGGUAAGAGCAAAGUAUAACCCAACCUGUACAGUGACCUGUAUGUAUGUGACUGAAGCAAUGCAAAGCUAAAGCUACUGUUGAAAAUAUACUACUUGCAUGUGUGUCAAGAUAAAAGCUAACAGCAACUAGAAAACAUUUUCCCUAUUACAAGAACAGCGCAUGUUCUAAGUAAAGGGUGGACAUGACAUGUUAAAGGAUUUUAGAAAGCCAGUGAUAGAGUGGACAAAAGGUACACUGUGUGACUGUGUGACAUGACAAGGAGAUCAAGGAAAAGAGUGUCAAGCAUUAGCCAGUAUCAGCUGAGAGUGUACAUGUGAGCAAAGGGAAUUUAGCUGGAGCAAAAUUAUAAACCAUGGUCUGGAAAGUGUGAAGA